CCCGCGGCGGUGCGAGUGGCGGAGCCGCGGACCGGGGCGCUGGAGCCGGUGUCAUGGAGCCCCGCUCCUUGGACGGCAGCUUCCUGGGCGACGUGGGUUUCUGGGUGGAGCACACCCCUGUGCAUGAGGCGGCCCAGCGGGGGGAGACCCGACAGCUGCAGCAGCUGAUUGAGAGUGGGGCCUGCGUCAAUCAGGUCACAGUGGACUCCAUCACACCCCUGCAUGCGGCCAGUCUGCAGGGCCAGGUGCAGUGCGUGCAGCUGCUGCUGGCCGCUGGGGCCCAGGUGGAUGCUCGCAACAUUGACGGCAGCACCCCGCUCUGUGAUGCCUGUGCCUCAGGCAGUGUCGAGUGCGUGAAGCUCCUGCUCUCCUAUGGGGCCAAGGUCAACCCACCCUUGUACACAGCGUCUCCGCUGCACGAAGCCUGCAUGAGCGGAAGUUCCGAGUGUGUGAGGCUUCUGAUCGAUGUUGGGGCCAACCUGGAAGCGCACGACUGCCACUUUGGGACCCCUCUGCAUGUUGCCUGUGCCCGCGAGCAUCUGGACUGUGUCAAAGUGCUGCUCAAUGCGGGGGCCAACGUGAACGCGGCGAAGCUCCAUGAGACGGCGCUGCACCACGCGGCCAAAGUGAAGAACGUGGACCUCAUCGAGAUGCUCAUCCAGUUUGGGGGCAACAUCUACGCGCGCGACAACCGGGGGCGGAAGCCGUCGGACUACACGUGGGCCAGCAGUGCCCCCGCCAGGUGCCUGGAGCACUAUGAGAAGACCCCCCUUAGCCUGUCUCAGCUCUGCAGGGUGAGCCUGAGGCGGGCGGCUGGCGUCAGGGGGCUGGAGAAGAUCGCCAGGCUGGACAUCCCUCCCCGGCUCAUCGACUUCCUCUCGUACAACUGAGCUUCAGGCGCGAGGUCCAGGCAGCCAGUGACUCGGGGCCGAGGGGGGUUCUCUGCCCUCAACGUUGGAAACUGUGCCGCUGCUGUGGGGAGCAGCACCCUGAGUCCCUCCGGACCGUCCUGUUUCGUCUUCUGUGCAGACCCUUGGCAGAUGUUUCUAAGGCCGUGGGAAAGGCCUGGGGCUGGCCCUCCCUGGACUUUGGUCCAGCUCCCUCCAGCUUCCUCCCGGCUGUGCCAGUGUCUCUCUUCAUGACCUUCCUCGGAGGGAUUCUCAGGACAGACUCUCCAGAAGCACGGGGGGGCCAGGUGGGGCUGGGGAGCCAGGGCUCUGAUUCCGUUUCCACACACCUGGGAGGCACCACCCCUGAUUCCUUCAGCGCCGGGUGGCCUUGGAUGUGCAAAGGGAGGAGCCUGCACUGCAGGGGGUGGGCCCCUGGGAGUGGGUCCCGGCCGGGCCCGGGACAGCACUUUGGGGACAGCCUGCCCCCUUGGGUGCUGUUUUCUGGAGCUACAGUUGGCACCUUGUGAGACCACCUGUGCCCAGGUGUGCCCAUCACUCAGGGGGCUUUAUAUGGGUCUCAGUGGGGAAGCAUCAGGCUUCCUAUUCCCACAGUGUUUCUUAAGUUUUUCUCCAGUCUGAGGUCUCAGCUCUUUUAAAAAGUAUAUGCUGGUGAUGAAAACUUUUAGACACAUGUGCUGUAGCACUUAGGUUUUGUUAACAAGUCUGUAAAGCAACAGGUAACAGGAAGGCGUCUUAGCACAUCCUCCCUGGGGUAGUGAUUUCCAAUGUGAAGCACCUCUGGGAAACUCUUUAGAGACUGUUUUUCAUCUUUCUACAGCUGCUAAAUGAAUUCUUUGCCCACCCCAAGUUUUGCUAAUUUCCUGAAGCUCUGCAGUUGGCAGAAGAGGUUGCAUCACCCUCUGCCAGGUCGAGCGUGGAUUCAUGCAUUUUUUGUGGACACUUAAGGAACAUCUGAGCUUCAGGCACUGCCUUGGUGCUGUGAGCUGGCCAGGAAUCAGACUCAUCAUCCAGUCAGGGCGAGAAAGUGUUGCACAAUCUGAUUUUAGUAAUAGAAAGAAACAAGUAAUUCUACAUUAUAAACCAUGAGGUGACAUGACAUAGUAUGUUCAAACUGCAUCUGUUUGCUUAAGAUUCUGUAUCAUAAUUUAAAAUCUCAGGGGUUAAACUAGAGGGCGUUUGUAUAAGUAGUUGAGGUCUAUUUGGUUUGGGGGGCAAUGGAGAAAGUACCCCUUGGGAACUCUCUUGUGGGUCAGGCCUCAAGCCAGUGUCCCCAGAAAUGUUGACCUCACCAGGUUCCCCUGGAGAGUGUGGGGGGAAGAAUGAGCCUGGUGGGUCAAGGUCAUGCCAGCUGUGCUCACGACCAGGGGCACCUCUUGGCAGGGCUACACGGGUGGGGCCCAUACAUGGUGGAAAGUUCUGUGCUGGCAGCUGUGGGUAUUUUCCGCUCCACUGCUCAGGCUGUUAGGAUGGUGCUUCCUCGUACAAGGAGAUAAGAGCCGCUCCCAUUUGCUGCAGGUGUAGAUACGAGUUCUGGGUCAAUCAGUGUAUCCAUGUGCACUAAUCACACACACACACAAAAGCGCCAGGUUCUGCCCUUUCAUCUUUGUAACAGGAACUUGCCUGUGUCUGUGAAAGCUGCUAACGUUUCCACAUGUGGGACACCAGGGGCAGAGUCUGGUUCCUGCAUUUACUGCUCAAUAA